CUCCAACGUGCUAGGGUUUCACAAGAAGCUGAUUAUUUUCUGGGGCUGUAGCUCCUUAUAUUCCCUCUCGGUCUCGCUCUUACUUUUUUCUCCCCAACGACUUCAGUUCGAGAAAGAAAAUGUGGAGAGCAAGAGAGGUAAAUGGAGAGAAAUGCUUAAACACCAAAGAGGGGGAAAUAUAGAGAGCCAAAGCUAUAGGACUAAAAGGAAGAAUACCAAAUAUGAAUAAAGUUGGAGCUGAAGCUGAUGUUGAAAAGAUUGAGCUGCUUCUUGCUGAAGUUAAGGGCAAGGAUAUAACUGAGCUUAUUGCCUGUGGGAGGGAGAAGAUGGCAUCCUUACCUACCGGUGCCGUCGUUGCAGCUGUUGUGGCUGCAGUCCCCUCUACUGUCGAUGCUGCUGCUCCUGUUGCAGCUGAGGCUAAGAAAGAGGAGAAAGAUGAUGCUAUGGACUCUGAUGAAGUAAAUUACUUUUCCCUUCAACAACUUUGGAUUGGUUGUUAGAAUAUUGACUUUGUUUUCUUAUGUGUGUUACAGGACAUUUGCUUCUCCCUGUUUGAAGACGAGUAAGGAAUUGGGCGCUUCCUUAUAGUUUCCCUUGGAAUUAGGCUUCUAAUGGCUUUGUUUUGUUGAAGAAAAUCAACUUUAUUCUCUGUUGCUAGUGGUGGUUGAAAUUAUCACUCUUUCUUGGAUUGAUGAUCAAUUUGCUUUGAGGAGCAAGAAAACAAACUUUUAAUCCUGACUGUCUGAUUACCUAGUUGAUAUAUAUUUUGCUAUUUCUCUUA